AGUCAUUUGGUAGUGUACAGGCAUAAGACCUUGAAUAUUUCAACAUAUUUUGACAAUGUCAUUAUUUUUAUCUUUUUUCUAGGACCACUACAACAACUAUCCCUCCAACUACAAUGGAGUCUUACAGUUCAGUGAGCUGGUCCAGCUACUACGUUAACCUGACAGAACCAACAUGCGAAGCGAAUUGGGGGAAGCUCUGGGGUCCGUUCUUUCUCAUCCUCGUUGCCAUCUUUGGUUUCUUUGCAAACUUGAGCCUGGUGAUAGUUGUGCUCCGCUACACACACUUCCACACAGCUCCGAAUAUUCUGGUACUAAACCUGGCUAUCGGGGACAUGCUUCAUGUGCUGGUGUCUGCACCAUUUCACGCAGAACAUGAGAUACACCAUUGCUGGCAGUUUGGACUGGUAAUGUGUAAGCUGAGUAAUGGCAUGCAGGUACUCUCUCAAGGUGUCUGUAUUUAUUCUCUUAUGGCAGGAAGCAUCGAACGUUAUUGUGCCAUUACACGUCCGGUAGGAGACAAUAGCACUCUAUCACCUCACCUAAAAACAUCAUUGGUGGUGAUUAUCAUAUGGGUGGUGUCUCUGGCUCUUUCUAUUCCAAUUAUGAAAAUUGCCCAUAUGCCGACUUCGGUAACGUGUUUCUAUUUGCCUCACUUCGAACGAACUGCACUGAUACACGAGACAUUCCGUUUCAUCGUUAUGUAUGUCAUACCACUUAUCACCAUCACUUUCUUCUACACCAAGAUGUCGCGAACACUCAUCUUGAGUACUUCUCGUUUCUCCGGUGAGCGUCAACCAGGUGCAGCCCCACAGCUUAACACGAGACGUCGAGUGGCUAUCAUGCUACUCACCAUCGCCAUCUUCUUUGGCAUCUCUUGGUUGCCUUACUUUGCUUAUGCACUGUGGUUCCAGUAUGCUUUUGAUUACAGAAACCCAUCUCAUCCUAGAAUCGCCCAUGUAUUCCGCCAGGUUCGUUUCAUUCUUGCUUUCUUGAAUACGUGUUUCAAUCCUGUCGUGGUGUACGCCUUGAGUACAAGUUACCGCCGAGCACUUGUACACACUCUGCGUUGUCGACCAUCUAGCGAGAUGGGACGAGAUGGGCCAAGGAGUAAUUACUCAGCCUACAAGAAUAGCGUGGUAACGGCUAGAAAACGAGUUACAAAUCAUAAUAAUGCAUGCUUUGAAAGCACUGAUAUGACUGUUUUGAGUUCAUAACUAAUCAAUAUAUUAUUUUGUUGCAAGCGAAUGCAUGUACGUGAUAUUGCUUGAGGACGGGAAACACAUCAUGUCAAACAUCAUAAAGUUACUAUCACAAUCUUUAUUCUGCUAAGUAAAGAUCAAUUCUUAGAUAUGUUGUAAAUACAAGUGAAGCGCUCAUUCAUGAUAUAAUGUAAUCAUAUUUAAUUUCUUACUAUUGUAAAAUCUGUACAAAAAAUAUCAUUAUGCUUUAUUUGUGAAACAUAUCGUAACCAAGAUAAAUCGGUGUAAUUUUGUUCUAAGGCAUAAUGAGACUCCGAGGUUUCGUUCGUUGUAGGAAUAUGGACGUUUUUUAGGUUUGCUUCUUACACGUGUGGAAAAAAACAACAACCUACUCAUACCUAGACGGAAUUAAACCAACUAUUAUGAACUGACCAAUCAAAAGUUGACCAUGCUGACGUUUGACUGUGCAAACCUGUGACCUUCAUAAAAUAAAACUCAUCCAAUACAACUAAACUGAACUAUUUCAGGAAACUAAAUUCAAAAGACGACCGACGACCUGACAAACUAUAAACUAUAUGACUGCUUGACUUACUACGACAAUCUACUUUGAAUAUCUGACUGACAUAACGUACUUCAUAAUGAUCAAAUUAUAACAAAAGCUCGAUGUUUCACACAUCGAUCACUUUAUUCAACGUAACAUCCUCUACCACCUCACUAGGUCAUUUGUCUAUGAUUAUGAACAAUUUAUUACACUGCUUAGAUUAAUUUGGUUCCUUUUGGAGGAACGAAGCACUUCUAGCAAUACAUUACCAUGAUUACAGAUUUUCGACAAAAUAAGGUGGUAUGAAGAUGUUCUUUUUCACUUUUUACAAAAACAAGCUUGUGACGGCGGAGGUAUUUUUUGUUUAAUUGCAGUUACCAUUAUAGAGGACAGAAACACGUCAUAUUGGCCAAGAUCAGAGAAUCAAUAAUCAUGAUCAGUAUAGAAACGCAUGACUGGUAUGUAAAGACUAGCCCGUUCGUAACUUCGACUGUUGACCGGGGAUGCUUACCACAACGCCCAGAUUUACAAAUAACACAUAUAUUGUGCAAAAAUGUUCAUAUUGGAAAUUAAAUAAAUAAACAAUCACAGCAGAGUUGCUCAGGUUGCGUAGAUAUGUAACAAUGCAAUAUGUUUUGUAUUCCUACAUUAAUGUCUUUCUAUACCGCAAUUUGAAUUUCACUAAAAUUAAUUAAGGGGUCAUUGCUAUUAUGCUAACAGGGCAACAUUGUUUGAUAAAUAACUUUUGAUAUAAAGGUGUCUGUAUUAGGAAAAUCCGCUAAUUGAAGAAUUACUGACAAUGAACUGACGACUAAAGUACUAUUCUUUUUAUGCCAGUGUUUGAAAAAAAUUAAUACUCUAUUUUUACAUGUUUAUUCUGUAACUAAACUCGCUGAAGACGAAACAACUAUUGCAUUGUUUUGGUCUUUUAAUGAAUAAAAAAGAUUUGACUGAACUAACAACUUGACAUAAUUUCGCAUAAUUUACUUAUUACUUUGCCAAAUAUUAUUUUAAUGACAGAAAAAAGAUGUAUAUUUCCCGUUGGACAGUGCCCUGGGAUUUUUGUCUCGCCUGUAUAGCAGAGCGAGACUGUAUAGGAACCGCUUUUCCGACGGCGGCGGCGGCGUCGUCAACAUUGAAAUCUCAACCAAGGUUAAGUUUUUGAAAUGUCAUCAUAACUUAGGAAACAUAUGGACCUAGUUCAUGAAACUUAAACGUAAAGGUAAUCAAGUAUUACUAAACAUCCUGCCUGAGUUUCAGGUCACAUGAUCAAGGUCAAAGGUCAUUUAGGCUCAAUGAAUUUAGACCAUAUUGGGAGAAUCAAUAUCGAUAUCUUAACCAAGAUUAAGUUUUUGAAAUGUUGUCAUAACUUCGAAAGUAUAUAGACCUAGUUUAUAAAACUUAGACAUAAGGGUAACAGUGUAUCACUAAAGUUCCUACCUGAGUUUCAGGUCACAUUACUAAGGUCAAAAGUCACUUAGGGUCAACGAACUUUGGCCAUGUUGGGGGUAUUUGAGGAAUUGUCAUCAUAACUUUGAAAAUUUAUGAAUCUAGUUCAUGAAACUUGGACAUAUAAGAGCAAUCAAGUAUCCUUGAACAUCCUGUGUGAGUUUCAGGUCACUUGACCAUGGCCAAAGGUCAUUGAGGGUCAACAAACAUUGGUAAUGUUGGAGGUAUUUGUGAAAUUGUCAUCAUAACUUUAAACAUUUAUGGAUCUAGUUCAUGAAAAUUGGACAUAAGGGCAGCAAUAUAUCCCUGAAUACCCUGCGGGUUUCAAGAACAUGGCCAAGAUCAAAGGGAUUUAAAGGUCAAUGAACUCUGGCCGUGUUUGGAGUAUGUGUUGAAUUGGCAUCAUAACUUAGAAAGUUUAUGGAUCUAGCACAUAAAACAUCGACAUAAGGGUAUCAAGUAUGAAUGAUUGUUUUGCACAUGUCUUAGGUCACAUGAUAAUGGUCAAAUGUCAUUUUGGGUCAUUGGACAUAAUAUUUUAUUAUCAUAUUAGUGUUUUCUUAUGUGAAUAAUUAUUCGUUAGCUGUUUUCAAAGGCAGCACUGCUGCUGUAUCGCAUUGCGUAAUGCAGGCGAGACUGCCAGAGGCGUUCCACUUGCGUUUUUUUUUUAUUGGGGGUGCUGAUGUAAAUUUGAAGAGCAAAAAAAAAUCACUUCAAAAUGGAAAUAAACUUUGUCCCGAGAAAUUUGAAAAGCAAAAAAAGCGGGUUUGACUACAAAAUGGAGAUCUGCUAGUAAUUCGUCCCGAGAAUUAAAAAGCAAAAGGGCUUCACUACAAAUUGAAGUCAUUUUGGUUCCAGAGAAAUUAUUAAGGAGAAUAAUACACGCAGUACCCUCAAGGAAAUUGUUGGGGGUGCCGAAACAUCCCCGCUUCCCAGGGCCAUGCCAUUAGAAUGGUAUGUUUGUUCUGGAUUCGGACGGGGUUUUGUGUUGUUGAAGCGCGAUGGAUGCGGAAGGAAAUUAAGGUAUAUCCGUUUGCGUACGCAUGAAGACAUCUUAAAGAAAUAAUAUUCCUCGAAGGUAGACAUGAAGUCUCGGCAUUUAUAAUUAUGACACUUGUAGAAGUAAGUGAUAUUAGUGACCUAUGGAAAUGGGACGCCAUUGACUGGAUAUUCGACCAUUAUAGGAAGCGCCCUAUUAGCAAGAAAUUCAUUCGAUACCAUGCCGUAAUAUUCUAUUAAAUCUCCGAGAUAACGACAUCGAAUGACUAUUCGAAUAUGCACUGGAUAUUCUUUUUAACAUUGAAAAUAUAUUUCUAGUUAAAUUGCGCUGUUACAUUUGGAACAUCAUUAUUAUAUUCCAAUUUGUCAUUCUAAACUAUUUCUGGAGUGGUUUUGUUUUUAUCUUAUAAAAAAGCCACAUAUGGUUUGGUAGUUAAGUACUGAACACGAAAUUUGUAUUCAUAUUCUCUUUUAAAUGUGAUACACCAUUUAUUGAAAUUUCGUAUAUAAUUCUGUAUAUUCAUAUUUGCAUUAAGUCAGUAGUAUCAAAAUAUAUGUACAUAUCGCUUCCAUUUUUGAGGAUGGCAUUUCACCAAGGUUUAGAUGUAUUUCAUAGUGCUGACAUCUGUGUUCUCUUAUUGUUAUUUUUUUCAGUUGUAAUAGUACAAUGGGGACUUAGUAGUAUUACGGUUUUAUAUUGAUAUAUCACUUUUCACAACCAUAUGAGUUGUAAAUGUCCGACAUGUGUUUAUGUUUUGUUUUGCAUAGUGGUCCUAUACAUAUUCUCAACAAAUUUAAUGUUCCUGUAUAUGAUUUUAAGAAAGAAAAAAAAACGAACUUUACACUGUGGGCAUGAUAACAAGGUCAUUAUGAGGCUAACUACGAUGGAAAGAUUUUCAGUUUACAUUUCUAUCAUCAUUUUCCUUUAUCAUGUAAGGAUCUCUCUCCAAAACAAGUAAAUAUCCUAAAA